AUGGCCCUGCUGGGCCGCCUGGUGCGGCGAUCGCCCUGGCUGUGCAACGUGGCGCUCUACGGGAGCCUCUUCGCGGCGGGCGACGCGGCGCAGCAGCGGCUCCGGCGCCGGCCGGGCCAAAGCGCGGACUGGGCGCAGACGCGGCACGUGGCGCUGGUGGCGCUCUCCUUCCACGGCAACUUCAACUACGUGUGGCUGAGGGCGCUGGAGAGGCUGCUGCCCGGCCGGGCGCCCGGCGCCGUGCUGGCCAAAGUGCUCUGCGACCAGCUCAUGGGCGCGCCCGUCGCCGUGCUCGCCUUCUACACCGGUGAGUGAGGCCGCGAGACGGGGAAGGAGGGAGGGGGCCAGGAAAUGGCUGCUGUGCCUCUGAGCGCACGCAGAGUGCAGGGAGCCAGCCAGUGCCUGAUUUACGUAUAAGCUAAGCAAGCUAUAGCUUAGGGCCCCACUCUCUUGCCCCCUCCCCCCUCAAAUUUCACUAUUAAUAUACUACUUCUUUAUUGUAUUUCAGUUCAACAAUUACUUGUUAAAAUACCUAUUUUGUUAUGUGUAAAUGGCUUUAGAUACCCAUUAGGUCCAUAAAUUACCAGAUAGCAUAUAUUCAACACAAAAACCAGCGACAAUUUGUCGUUGACAGCUGGACAUAUAAAGGACCCCAUUACCUUCAGUAGUUUAGGGCCUCAUCAAACUUAAAUUCAGCCCUGGUGGAGCACCCAAAAGCAUGCUUGCCCGACCUGGUUACACUGGUGUUGUAUUGCUUUAUUGCAUUUCUAGCGCACCUUUUUCCUCCUCCAAGGAGCUCAAGGUGCCAUACAUGGUUCUCCCUGCUCCUCAUUCAAUCCCCACAACAAUCCUGUGAGAUAGGCAGGCAGGUUGGUUGGUUAGGCACCAUGUGAGCUCCGAGAAGGCAUUUGAACCCUGGUAUUCUGGGGUCCUAGUCCACUAUUCUAUAACCACUACACUUGGCUCUUCAUGUGCACAGAGUUUGGACUAUGACUCCUAUCAGCUGCAGCCGGUACAGCCUUGCUGGUUGUAGCCAAGGAGACAGAUAAAUUACCAUUCUCAGUAGCAUGGAUGAAUGGUCCAAGGCACUGGAUUAAGGCUCCAGCAGCUGCCAGCCUGUGUAGACAAGACUGAGCUCGGUGGACCAAGGCUCAGUGGACCUAAGGCAGGUUCCUAUGUUAGGGAGAAAGGCUGCUGCUCACUGGUACAGCAUCUCCUUUGCCUUCAAACAUCCCAGGUUCAGUCCCUGACAUCUCGUUCUGAAAUGUUGGACAGCUGCUGCAAGCCAGUGUAGAAAAUACAGGGCUAGGUGGACCAAGGAUCUGACUUGGGCAGAUUCUUGUGUUCCUAUGUGAGGUUUUUUUUUUUAAAGAAAUGGGUGGGGGACAGGAAGCAACUAAUUCAAGAAAUUAGGUUAGAAUUGACAAGUUCAUGAUGUGACUUUAACAUGAAGCCAUGCAUUAAAAAUAAUAAUAAUUCAAGAGAUCACAAGAUACAUAUUUUAUGGCAAGACAAACAUGCUAUUCAGGAUGCAUUCAGAAGGAAAUGGUUAGUGAAGCAGAAGUGUGUGGCAUAGUAUAAAAUGCUGUGUAAAUGAAUUUCUAGUAGAUUUUACUUGUAUUCUGACUUUCCUUAAACAUUUUGUGACCAGGCAUGAGUAUACUCCAGGGGAAAGAGGAUGUCUUUGCCGACUGCAGGGAUAAAUUUUGGAAUACCUAUAAGGUAAGUGCAAUGCUAUAUUGGACGUGGUCCCAUCACCACACACACCUUACAAGUAUGCCCACCUUUUUACUUAUUUACUUACUUACUUACAGCAUUUAUACCCCAGCCUUUAGCCAAAAAGGUGCUUGGAGUGACUUCCAAAAAUUAUUUAUUGGGCUUUACCUGCCCUCAGACUCAUCAUCAAAAGACAUGACACGUGAAGAAAAAGGGGAAUACUUUAGGGAGGAGAAAAAAAGAAACUCAGCUUACAGUGGUGGUUCUGGCUGUCUGGCCCUCUUCCCAUCCCUCAAAUUAUGCACACAUUACAUGCAGAAUGCAUCCUGAUUUUGUAGUGAGGGGCAAGGAGAUAGGUAAGGUCCUUGGUCCCAGAGCUGACCACUGGAACUUUCCCCUCAUCCUUUUGCCAUUUGAGAUUUCACCAAGUACUGUCCACUUGCAUACAAGCCAGUUUUCACAGCUGCAAGGACUAGAAACGUGUUUUUAAGGACACAAACCGGUUGCUGUAAGUCUGCAAAGACUUACUGGGAUCAUAAGCAUUAAAUUUUGUGAUGAAGAGGCCCAGUCAGUAGAUAUGUGGGCAGGGGUGUAUGGAGAGAGACAAUGCAGAAGACCCAGAACAUAAAUGGGGGCAGAAAGAUACAUUGAAAGUUAUUCAAUUUUUUAACAUAUAAACACAUUUUAAAAAGCAGGUAAACAAGAGCAUCUUGAUUGCCUGCUGUCCCUAGCAACUCAGGACAUUGUAAAGGAGAAAUGCAUUUAUGUAUUAGUAAGCAAUUUCAAAGAAUAUUGCCUGUAUGCUUUUCCUUGUAUCUCCACAACUGCAACGGCUGGAGGCUUGCCUUUUUCUUUUUAAUGAAAGCUGAGCAUGCAAGGUGUGGCUGUACACAUCCCUUUCUUUUGUGGCCAUGACAUUGUUCAUAACCAGUCUGCAUUUCAGCUCUUACAUCAAGCGUGCAUUUAUGUAACGCUCAGAAACGGUAUUAUGAAAGCAAGGAAGAAAAGAGUUUUGCAGGUGGUGUGAAAUAAAUAUGGUUGUUCAGAGGCAUUCGUCCGUCCUCUGCGGUUGAAGGAAGCAUUUGUUCCUCUAUACCUUUGUUUGCCAAUCUGGCAAAUGUGUGAGUAUAUCAGGUAUCAUGUAAUUCUUGCAGCCCACUAUGCUGUGCUUGUUGUGCUUAAAAUGAAGCAGUGCUAUCUCUCUGGGGUUCCUAAAGUGGCAGUUUGAGGAUUACCCACUUUCCCGCUUGUGAUAGGCCCCAACUGCACUAUACAUUUAAAUAAAGCAGGACCAUACCACUUUAAACAGUCAUGAUUUUCCCCAAAGGAUCCUGGGAACUGUAGUUUGUUAAGGGCUCUGAGAGUUGUGAGGAGACCUUGUUCCCUGCUCAGAGCAACCACCUGUGCUUUAACAAUCCAUCCCUCUUCCCAGGGAACUCUGAGGGGAAUAAGGGGACCUCCUUUGGGUUGCGCAAUAUGAUAUCCAAUGUAGCAGCGGCACUAGCAGAAGCUGAUUUUAGCAGGAAAUAGCCAGGCUACCACAACCAGCCACAAGAAUCAUGCUGGUUUCUUGGCCUUCUCUUUUGAGAGCCAUUCUGCUAGCACAUCUAGUACACUACUAAGGGACUUUAACUUAGCACAGCAUUGAAUUCCACCCAUCUAUGUUGUUGUUAUUUCAUUUUAUGAUGUACAUCAAACAGAGAGAACAAUGAUCGUAACAGAUGAAAAUUAGAAGAUGGAAAACAAAACUAUAAAAUAGGCACAUGGAAUGAAUAGUUGCACACGAGUUAAAAUGACAAAGUACAAAUAAAGACUAUCAACACUAUCAGAUCAUCAAGUUUAGUUCCAGAUUUGCCGGGCUUGUGAUAAGGGUUGCCUUGAAAAUGAUGGUUUUGCUGUAUGUCAAACCAUAUAAAAGGUGUCUGGAGGUUCUUGUCUUGUUGAAAUCUCAAAUUAUGCAUGACUUUCUCCAGUGUAUCCCAGAGUAACCAGUACCAAGCAUGCAGCAUAAGAUUUUUGGCUGUUUUCCAUUGCAAUUACUAUUUGUGCUGCCAAGAUAAUCUAUAAUCAUAGAAUCUUAGAGCUGGAAAUGACCCAAGGGUCAUCUAGUCCAACCCCCUGCAUUGCAGGAAUAUUGGCUAAAGCAUCCAUUACAGAUGGCCAUCCAACCUCUGCUUAAAACCCUCUAAGGAAGGAGAGUCCACCACCUCUCAUGGGAGUCUCUUCCACUGCCGAUUCCAAGACCAGUUCUUUUGACAAUAUGUUUACAUUGGUAAAAGGAUGUGGGUGGCGCUGUGGGUUAAACCACAGAGCCUAGGGCUUGCCGAUCAGAAGGUUGAUGGUUUGAACCCCCACAACGGGGUGAGCUCCCGUUGCUCGGUCCCUGCUCCUGCCAACCUAGCAGUUCAAAAGCAUGUCAAAGUACAAGUAGAUAAAUAGGUACCGCUCUAGCGGGAAGGUAAACGGCAUUUCUGUGUGCUGCUCUGGUACGCCAGAAGUGACUUAGUCCUGCUGGCCACAUGACCUGGAAGCUGUACGUUGGCUCCCUCAGCCAGGAAAGCGAGAUGAGCACCACAACCCCAGAGUCGUCCGUGACUGGACCUAAUGGCCAGGGGUCCCUUUACCUUUACAUUGGUAACUCUCAUCUAUUUUGAUGGAUUUUUUCGUGGUACUUUCCCCUCUCAAUUAACUACUUUAAAUAUAUUUUGCUUUUGUUUCAGACUGGGCUGAUGUACUGGCCUUUUGUGCAGGUGAGUUUAAAUUUGCCUUCCCCCUCCUUAGAAACUCACGAGGAAGACAACAGCAGCAGCUACAACAAUGUGCUCAUCAACACACCCGGAAGAUUACCCUGAUGCAUUCAUUCUUCACCACAUCCCCAUAUCUCUAGUUCCUGGGUCAGGUUGUGGAGCAGCCAGAAACCUCCUAUCUGUGUCCCCUUUGAAUAUUCAGCUGUUCCUGUUAUUGCAGCAGCAGGAGAUGCAUUCCUUGGGUGCUGGAUCUGCUGUUCCCGUGGAUCCUGCCGCCUGAGGCAGCUGCCUCUCUAGCCUCAUGGGUCGGCCGGCCCUGACUGUGGCAGCCACCCCUCAAUAAGGUAACCCUCUUGGGUUACCUCAUGGCCUGAUUUAGGUGCUUUAAAAUUAAGACACACCCUGUCAGUAACACUUGAGACGUCUGCUAUUAUAUCCAGCAGCAAGGAUUUUUUCCCCACAUGCGAAGGGAAAACCUGGAAUUUUAUUUAAACACAUGAGGCGGGCUGUAGCUUAGUGGUUACUCUGAUAAGGCCCAAUACUUCGUUUCAGUAAAAAAACUAUUUGCAGAUAUAGUUAAAAACAUACUUAAAGCCCAUAAUUUAAACCUCUCUCUAGAAUGGUUAUUGGUCUUGCACUACGAGUAAAACACUCCCAGCCCUUUCUAGAAUCUUUACAUUGCCCUUAGAAAACAAUCUGGGUUGCCCUGCCUAGCUAGCUGCCAAUUUGACCAUAACUGGACUCUAAACUGAUCCCUAUCUCGUCACUUUCCAAGCCCUAUCCUACAGUUAAGCCCUAUAUACACUCUGACAGUUAAGCCCUAUCUGACAGUUUAACUGUCAGGUUUUAACUCUCCACACCCUCCUGAUUGAAUGACACUCCUGCUCUGAUUGGUUUCUUGGUCGCCAGGAGGCUGGCCCAAGGCCCAUCCAUCAAAGAGACCAACAUAAAUAAAUUCUCCUCGGCUUACCCCCAUUCUAUUUCCCUUUUCAAAGCUUUUAGAACUCCAGAUUGGAGGAGUUUUUAACUACAGGAAAAUCCUAGAGUUUCACCAUUCUGUAGUGAAAUAAACAACUAUCCAACUUUUAGAAGACAUCUGAAGGCAGCCCUGUUUAGGGGAGUUUUUAAUGUUUGAUGUUUUAUUCUGUUUUUAAUGUUCUGUUGAAAGCUGCCCAAAGUGGCUGGGGAAACCCAGCCAGAUGGGCGGGGUAGAAAUAUAUUAUUAUUAUUAUUAUUAUUAUUAUUAUUAUUAUUAGGCACGGUUUGGGAACCUGUGGCCAACUCCCAUCGCCACACUAAAUCUCACACCACAUCAAUUUAGCAAAGCAAACUCAUUUUGCAGCAAGUUGGACGUGCAACAAAGAUGACAAGGUGAAGGCUCUGAUAUUUCUCUGGUGUGUUUAACUCGGUUUCUUUCUGUUUUUCUUUUUUCUUUCCCCCAAAUAGCUUUCCAACUUCAGCCUGGUUCCGGUGCAUUGGAGGACGGCGUACACUGGCCUGUGUGGUUUUAUCUGGGCAACUUUCCUGUGCUUUUCCCAACAAAGCGGUGACGGAACUGCAAAAUCAGUUUUCUUGUUGUUCCAAGGCAAGAAACCUGACACGGACAAGAUGCCGCCAGGGAAAUAA